CCUCGGUGGGCCCCUCGAGGACAGCUGCCCGGGGGAGACCAGCGGCUCGGCCCGGCCUCGCCUCCGCACGCACAGAACGACGGGCUGCACAUGGCGCUGGCAGCGGCGGGCGAGGCCUAGGCGGGGGCUCUAGCGAGAAGCCCCCCCCCCGGCGGGCUGCUCUUUCCCACCGGGCGCCUACUGUGGCUGAGCUUUUCUUCUGCAGACUUGUUAGUACCUGUGACAUGGUGCAGGAAACUCACCUGUGAAUGCACAAGCCACAGUUUCAUACGGCAAUCACUUCUGUGCCGAAGCAUUCAAUUACUCUGAAGUUACUCAUGCUAGUACUGGAUCUGCACAUGGCCAUUUUUAGUGCUGUGAGUGAAUUAGUAAUCAAAAAGAAUGGUGGAAGUACUUCCUAAGAACAGGAAAGCAGGAAUCUGUGGUGGAACUGCCCUCUGUUGAAAACUGUGGAAAGGUCUCUAGCACUUUUAUGAAGACAUGGGGCCAAUGAAAUAUAAGUCAAGUGUGUCCACAAUGUCCUGUGGUCUGCAAUAUCACCAUUCAUUGAUAAAGUGGAGUCCAAAAAUGAAUAUACACAUAGUGCGGACUUACUGCUCAUCAGCACCGAAGAGGCCUGAAGCCAAGUCUGCAGUAGAAAUGGCCACUGCUCUCUUUCAUCGUCUGACAGAAGCUGGGACUGUUAUGGGGAAAAACUCCCUUCAGAAAAUGUCUGCAACGUGCAAGAGCUGGUGGGACAGAUACGAAGAGUUUGUUGGAAUUAACGAAGUUCGAGAGGCUCAGGGAAAAGUGACAGAGGCUGAAAAUGUCUUUAUGAUAGCCCGAGGGAUAGUGCGAGAGGCUCGUGAAAGUGUAGAAGCCCAGCAGAUUAAACUGAAGGAAAUCCGGGACCGCUUAGACAGAGUCUCUCGGGAUGACACCCAGUAUUUGGAGCUGGCUACUCUGGAGCAUAGGUUGCUGCAGGAAGAGAAGAGGUACCGAGCUGCAUACAUAAAUGCAGAAGAAUCUGAGAGAGAAAAAUUUGCUCUCUUCUCUGCAGCUGUAAGAGAAAGCCAUGAAAAAGAGCGAACGAGAGCUGAAAAAACAAAGAACUGGUCUAUUAUUGGUUCUGUCCUGGGAGCCAUUAUAGGUGUUCUUGGCUCCACCUAUGUUAAUCGAGUAAGGCUACAAGAGCUGAAAGUCUUGGUGCUUGAAGCACAGAAGGGCCCAAUAAAUUUGCAAGAAGCCAUCAAGGAACAGGCCUCCAGCUAUUACUUGCAGCAAAAGGAUCUCAGCGAUGUCAUAGCAGACCUGAAAAGCGUCCUCCAAACAAGGACGUCACAGGAAAUAAAAGGCAGCACUUUGUUAACUAGAGAAGACAAGAAUAACGCCAUGAAAAUAGAUUCUCUUUUAAUCCCUUUAAACGAACAGCUCAGCUACACAAAACAAGUCAGUUCGUGUCUCGGGACUUUACAGCAGCAGUUGAGCCAUCUGCAGGAGACCAUAGCACAAGUCGUUGCUGAAGUGCAGGCUGUUAAAGUCGCAGUCCAUUCUAGACCAGUGGAAAGAGUGACACCAAGGUCGUCAGCAGAGGGCAAGAGCCAGACCUCUGCCGUGAGAGAUGUCAUUUUAGAAUUGUGUGAUACCGAGCGGAGACUGGAAACACAAAUCAAGAGAAAUUCUAUUUACAGCACCGCAGUGACAUGUGCUGUGUUUGCUGUUACUCUGCCAGUACUCUACGUUAUCCUUAAAGGGAACUGAGCUCUAAUUCAUUGCCACAAUUUACUAGAUUAAUAAAAGUAGACUUGCACUCUGAGUACUUGGAGUACAAGUCCAAAUGAAGUUGUGUUAGUGUUUCUCCUUGUGCUUUCUCUUGAAUACUUGGAAAAUGGGAAGAGACUUUAUCUACUGCUGCAGGCUCCAUGUUAACAGUCUUUGUCAUGCGUUGUGGCUUUUAACUCCUCAAGUGAUGGAAAAUCCACAGUUUCAUCUGUUAAUUCAUUCGCUGCUUCACUCUCUUACUGUCUUUUCUCUGUCCCGCAAGUCUUGCACUCAUGUUGUAUUCCCAAUUAUCUGUUCAGAUUAGUUUUUUCAUCUGUCAUUUCUCUAAGUGCCUCACAUGAAACCCUUUAGAAUAUUGCUUCUGAUUUCUUCAUAGUUUUGCACUUUGUCCAUACAUAAAACAUGCAAAGUCGUUUUACCAAGUGGGUAGAAAUAUUUGCCCUGAUGUGGUUUUGGUUUAGUUUGCUUUUUUAGUUCUAGAUACAAUGCAGUGACUUGUGACAUGCUGAAGAGCAGGCACUAUGUAAAUAAGGAGCGUUGAAGUUAGCAUCCUACAAUGUUGCCUCACAGCCAGGUGGUGCAUUUAGAAUACAUUUACCUUAAAAUUGGUAACUUUUGCUUAAGACAGUUUUAUCACAAAGUAUCCAAAUCAUUGCUAGAGUUUUAGCUGUGUGUUACCAACAGCUCCAAGUCCUUAAAGACUUGUAGGCAGGGAAAGAGGAAAAGGACUGAGAUACGGAGAAUUCGGUAUGAUGAUGUUUAUUCUGCAGGUGCAAGCCAAUGAUCCUUUCUCCACAGAUUCAUUAACCUGUCAUUCCUUAGGUAUUUUGUGGUUUUAGUAAUGAACUGUGAAGCAAUCACUUUCUUAUCCUCACUGGUAUCUCUUUGGAACUUACUCCAGUUUUUAUUCUUGUUUUGAUUUUGUCAUAUCUGGAAAUUGAAAUGCUGCUCUACAGCAGGUGCUUUCAAGCUGGUAUAUUAGUGAUAACAGUGUUAUGCAAACUACUUCAAAAGAAUAUUUGGAAAAAAGCUGUCUGUUUUUCCUGGAAGGAUGAGGAAUGGUUGAAUGAAGUAAAAGGCUUAUCAGUAUCUGUGUGUGGCCUCACAUGGCAGUUGUUGGUAUCGCUGUGAUAAGAAAGAGUUUUCUCCCUGGUGUGAUGGCAGUAGAUGAGCAAAUUAGAUGUUGAACUCUUGCUCUAUGAGCACUUCUGUGGAAGCUUUGCAGAGAAAGGAGUGACAAGCUCACCUCGUGCUGUAAUGCCUUUGUGUAAGCAUUUCAGGAUGACUAAGUUGUGCCUAGCAUGGUCUACUAUAGUUUUUUUUUUCUAUAAUCUCUAAUUCCCUGUGCCCAGUAACCAUAUUUUAAAAGUUUGGAUGAUCAGCUUCUAAGACUGUAAGAUCUUUGGCACAGGGACAUUUGCCCUAUGAGGCACCAACUUCAUUUGGUAUCAUUAGAUGCUAUUAAUACAUGACUGAAUAAACAAACAAUAUUAGCAAAAA